CCCACUCCUAUAAAUAGGGGUGAUUCUAGGUGAUAUUCUCAUCCUUCUCUUUUAUCAAGUGCUUCUUGCUCAUUGAAAAUGGCUUCUAAGACUCUUUUCAUCCUAUUCACACUCUUGAUUGCCUUCCUCCUCACCUCUUCUGAGGUUUGUGCUAAGGCGGUCAAUGAAAAUAAGCCAGAGAAGAAAGAAGUUGACGAUGAGGAAGUUGUAGAUACGGAAGCUGCACAAACAGAGCAAUACGGUGGUGGAUACGGCCCCGGCUAUGGUGGGCGCGGUGGUGGAGGCUAUGGUGGGCGUGGUGGUGGAUACGGCGGUGGUGGAGGCUAUGGUGGGCGUGGUGGUGGAUACGGCGGUGGGCCUGGCUAUGGUGGGCGUGGUGGUGGAUACGGCGGCGGGCGUGGUGGUGGAUAUGGCGGCGGAGGGCGUGGUGGUGGUGGAUGCGGCUACAGACGCCAAUGCUGUGGCUAUAGGGGGUGCUAUUGUUGCUCCCAAGCUGAGUUCGACGCCCUCGCCAAAGCACAAGUGACCACUGUGGCCAAGCCCCAUAACUAGACUUUCAGUCUAAUUACAAGUCAUGUACUUAUUAUACAGUAUCUGCAGUGAAUAAAGGGCACUUUGAGCUUGCCCUACCUUAAGGUUAUCUAUGCAUAACCUUGUGCUAUGUGGAUUUUAUAUGUAGCCCUUUUGUGAAUGGUUUAUAAGUAUCUUACCUUGUGUCAUUGAUGAUA